CAGCGUGUCAGCAGUCUUUAACUUAGACUAUUCUGUCACGUCGCUUCAAAGAUUGUUCAGCAUCAUUAUGUCCAACAACAACACCGCCGACACUGGAACUAACGGUCAUUCAAACAAUAGACUAGACAGCGGUCUUGAGGCAGACAUCGCUCAUUUGAACACUCUUCUGUUAAACGGCUCAUUGGACGGUGGUCAUGAAACAGAAGACCUGAUGGAAAUCCUGGCACGUCUGGAUAGUGCUGAUGGUGUGGCCAAGGGCAUUGAAGGGAAAUUGGAAGGGAUAUUGGGAACCUUGGAUAAUCUUUUGACAUCCCUCGAGACCCGUGAUGAGGCGAGCAUUGCAGAGAAGACGAUAUCAGUAGAGGCAGAGCGAGUCACCGUCUCAUCAACAGAGAGCAAGACUAUCGGCGGGCCUGCCCUCUCGCGCUAGCCAGAUGGUCUCUGCAUCGUUCACAACGUGCCCCAAAUAAUCACAACCGACCUUACAGCAAGUUUUUCAAACAUGCCCAUCAUUAGUUGUGUAUCCGAAUCACUCUCCAGAUGCCUACUUAAUCUCGGGAAAGAUGUUGUUUGACCCAUGCGGGGAUUGAGCACGGGGUCUCAGUCCUCAGAGUAGUACUCAUGUCAGGCCCUGUCUUCAACUGCUAUAACUGUUGUAGGGUGCCCCUGACAUGAGUACCGUCAGACUCUUCAAAUCUCUAUAACGCAUAGUGUGUCUGUAGGAAAUUCAGGCUGUAGGUUAUGGACGAAUCCACAA